GCACCACAACAAAUCAGACAAGGACAAUUAAUCCCCAAACUCUCAUGCCAUUAGCCACUAACCCCAUGAGAGACAGACAUGAGAUCAAUUGUAACCUCUCCUCACCUCACCUGCAGUAUAAGUUACAGCAGCUAUACACCCAAAAGCACACUCCUCCACUACACUCUACUACACACUUAGCCACCACAGUUAACACAUUUACUACUCUUUUGCCUCAAUAACAUCAAGCCAAGCAAAGCAAGCAAGCUAGCUGACGCCCAUAGCUUUGCUUAGCUAUCCAUCAAUCUCACGCAGCUGAGCUAAGUUAAGGUUAGCGAGAUGCGUGCCGGCGGCUGCGCGGUGCAGCAGGCGCUGGCGGCGGAGGCGGCGGGGGUGGUGAGGCAGGCGGUGACGCUGGCGCGGCGGCGCGGCCACGCGCAGGUCACGCCGCUCCACGUCGCCAGCGCCAUGCUCUCCGCCGCCGGCCUCCUCCGCGCCGCCUGCCUCCAGUCCCACUCCCACCCGCUCCAGUGCAAGGCCCUCGAGCUCUGCUUCAACGUCGCCCUCAACCGCCUCCCCACCGCCGGCCCCGCCGCCGCCGCGGCCAUCUUCCACCACCACCCACACCACCCCGGCGGCGGCGGCGGUCACCACCCCGCGCUGUCGAACGCGCUCGUCGCCGCGUUCAAGCGCGCCCAGGCGCACCAGCGGCGUGGGUCCGUCGAGGGACAGCCGCCGCCGCAGCCGCCGCCGUCGCCGGUGGUCGCGUCCAAGGUCGAGCUCGAGCAGCUCAUCAUCUCCAUCCUCGAUGACCCCAGCGUCAGCCGCGUCAUGCGCGAGGCCGGCUUCUCCAGCUCGCAGGUCAAGGCCAACGUCGAGAAGGCCGUCGUCGCGUCGUUGGACCACGCGAACGCGGCAGGCGGCGGCGGCGGCCACGCGGGCUCUCCCAACUCCGGCCAUGGAGGGAGGCGCAAGGAGAGCUCAUCAUCCAGAGCAAGGGUCGACGACGACGCCAUGCGCGUGCUGGACUGCAUGGCGAGCGGGACGAAACGGUGCGUGGUGGUCGUCGGCGGCGAGGGCGCGGCCGCGGCGGAGGCGGUGGUGAAGGCGGUGAUGGACAGGGUGAGCAAGGCGGAGCUGCACCACCGGCACGAGCGCCUCAAGAACCUCCAGUUCGUGCCCCUCUCCAUCGCGUCGUUCCACGGCGCGCCGAGGGAGGAGGUGGAGGCCAAGGCCAGCGACCUCCGCGCGCUCGUCCGCUCCGGCUGCGCCGCCGGCAAGGGCGUCGUGCUCGUCCUCGAGGACCUCGCCUACGCCGCCGACGCGUGGGCCGCCGCGUCGAACACCAGACGCCGCGCCGCCGCCGCCGCCGGCGGGCAGAGCUACUGCCCCAUGGAACACGCCGUGAUGGAGGUGAGCAGCUUGGUGUCCGGCGGCGGCGGCGGCGGCGAGAGGUUCUGGGUGCUAGGGUUCGGGAGCUACCAGGUGUACAUGAAGUGCAGGGCCGCCGGGCAGCCGCCGCUCGAGGCCGUCUGGGAGCUCCACCCCGUCGUCGUCCCCGACGGCGGCCUCGCCUUGAGCCUCACCUGCAGUGAAGCUUCACAAGCUACUCAUCAAGCGGCGGCGCCAACAGCUGGGUGGCCCUUCGUCAAUGGCGCCGGCGAGGCGGCGGCGACGACGGCGAGCCCGACCAUUCCGCCGUGGCUUCGCCGGUAUCAAGAUCCAGAUCACGCCACGCCGGCGAGCUGCGGCACCGGUUUGCAGAUACAAGAUCUGUGGAAUCCCAUGAGAAAUGGAUCAGCACCACACCACACAUCCGAGCUUACAUUGAGUUUCUCCUCUCCAUCACCUUCUUCCAUCUCAGGAUAUACCAGCUGCUACAACAACAACAACAUGAUGAGCUCCAAGCCAUGGCAACUCGAAGCGAGGCAGCCAUGGCCAAUUCAUGGACAUGAAGGUCAGAGAAUGGCCAUGGCAUCAUAUCAUGAUCAUCAUCCGUUGGAUACAAACCCUAGCCCAGAGUCCAACUCGGUGUCCAAUUCAUUGGAUGGCGGUGAGACGAGGCGGCCCAAGUUCAUCGAGCUCAAUGCAGAGAACCUCAAGAUCUUGUGCAAUGCGCUCGAGAGCCGCGUCCCGCAACAUAGCAACAUUGUUCCAGACAUUGCGAGCACCGUGCUCCAAUGUCGAUCCGGCAUGAAGAAGAUGAAGUUGAGGCAUAAGGAGAUCAUCAAGGCAAGCUCAACUACUUGGUUACUAUUCCAAGGAAGAGAUGUUGAUGGUAAGAAGGCCAUGGCACAAGAGCUCGCAAAGCUUGUCUUUGGUUCAUCUACCGAGUUCUCUUCCAUCUCCUUCGAUGAGCUCACAUCGCCCUACUCCGAUUCUAGCUCCGGUGAGCUCACCCUCAAGAGGCAAAGAUCAGCAGACAGCAAUGAGCAUAGCUUUGCGCAGAGACUAUGUGAAAUUGUGAGCAAAAACCCACACCAGGUCAUAGUGAUCAAUGACAUUGAGCAACUUGAUCAAGAUUCAGAAAUUAGUAUCAAGAAAGCGAUUGCGAACGGAAGAAUGAGAGGAUGCACCGGUGAAGAAGUUGAUUUCGAGGAUGCUAUCAUAGUGUUGAGCUAUGAAGAAGAAUUCGAUUCGAGGUCUAGGGCUUCCUCCUCCCCUCGGGUCAAGCAGAGGCUCAUGAACAAUAAUGAUGAUGAAGAAAGUAGCAGCACGGAGAAGGGAGAUAAUUCACCACAACGUUUUAGCUUGGAUUUGAAUGCAUGUCUCGAGGAUGAAGAAGAGGAUGAGGGGUUUUUGCUAAUUGAUAAUGGUGUGGGGAUGCAUGAUAUUGUGGAUGGUGUUUUCUUCUUCGGGUUGAUGGCAGAUUUCUGACAUUUUCCUUGUUAAUUUGGCAAACAAAUUAACCUAGAGUAAUUUUUCAUGUUUUAUUUUCCAUUUUGUACCAAGUUGAUAGUCCUAGAUAUCUUGUAAAAGAAUUUGGGUGUAUUUCUACAAUGAAUUGGCAUGGUCCUUUGUGGAAAUUAUGUAGAAGGAAAGCAAGCAUGCAUGUAUAUUAUCUUUGAGCUAAUGGUAGUAGUUUUUAAUUAUAAUAUAAAUUUCUUUAAUUUUGUUUUA